AUGAAAGCUAAAAACGUGCUAUAAAUAUGGUUUAGAGUCUUUACCUAAAAAAAAAAGACUUCUUAGAGAUUUAAUAUCUGUGUGGACUUUAAUUGUAGAAACGUUGAAUUUGAGGGGUUCUUUAAUUUUAUGAAUCCGAAGGACAGAAUUUUUAAAAGAAUAAUAAGUGAUGAUCCAGAAUAUCAUUAUUAGAUGCUGCUCUUAUUGAUGGAGGUAAAUAGAUAUAUGAGAAAGAAAUUGAUUUUAGUAGUUUCUCAGAUCAUGGAAGAAUUAAAUUUAAUUAAAGCUAAAGGAGCUUUAAUAUAUGAAAGAGUUAAACAUCGUAUAUCAUAAGGAGAAUGCUUUCAAUUUAAAUAAAGAAGUCGCAAUUAAUUUUGUGAUCUUGCUAAUUGGUAUUAAUAUUUAAAAUGUAAUUUGAGAUAGAAAUUACUGUUUAAAAGAGAAGAAUUUCGCUCCCCAAAAGCUGAAGGAAAAACAACAUUGUUAGAGCAGCUGGAAUUAAUAGCUUAAAAUUUUAUGAGUAGAAAAAUAAAUCGCUUAUUCAAAUAUAAAGAUGCUUACUUAACUUAGCAUAACCCUGAUAAGAAAGAGGUAGGAAUUUUUAGAUGUUCAAAGAUGAGAAAGAAUAAAUCUAAAGUGGUUCAAUAGUAGGAAAGCAAGUUUUAGAGUAACUAAACCUUAUUUCUUAGAAAGGAGUAUUUAAUCUAACGAUUGGACCAAGUUUAUAACCUCUGUCAAAGAAUGA